AUGGAGGGCCCUUUGCACCCACGCAGUGAUGGCGGCACCUCCCAGAUGACUAUCGCCGUGCGGGCUGUUGUGCUGGCCCUGGCGAUUCCCACGACUCUUGUCUGUGUAUUGCGGUUGUACCUGCGCAAGUUUGUGACCAAGCAAUUCGGGCUAGAUGACUGGUUCGUGCUCGUCGCGCUGAUCGGAGUAGAUUUGUUUUCAGCGCUGGCAUACACAAUCACCUACUACGGCCUGGGCCAACCCUUAAACCAAGUCUCCGCCGACCAGCUCGUGGUCUUUCUGACUCUCGAAUAUGCCUCGCAAUGCGCCUACCUCUUCAUCGCAGCCACGGUCAAAGCCAGUCUUCUCCUCUUCAUCAUGCGUCUCUUCCCGACCCGAUUCGUCCAUACCGUCGGCAAAUGUCUGCUAGGAGUCAUCGUGGCGUUUACGUUCUCAGGCACCUUGGCGCUGGUCUUCCAAUGUCGACCCGUGCAGGCCGCGUACGACAAGACGAUAGCAGGCGCCUCCUGCUACCCAACCGAAACAUCCUAUGCCAUUCUCAUGAUGCAGGGCGUCAUCAUGCCGAUCUGGCAGCUGCAGAUGCCCAUGAAGAAGCGCCUAUUGGUGAUCGGGCUGUUAUGUAUCGGGUUCACGGCAUGUGUGGCGGCACUCGUGCGGUUCUCGACGCUCAAGUUCGCCAACGACACGACGAACUUUACCUACUCGGCAUCCAUGUCCCUAAUCUGGAUGGAGGUCGAGUUCAACCUAGGGCUGAUGUCCGGGUCGUUGUCUUCGCUACGCAAACUUUGGGGUCUUCGCUCCCUUUCGUCCGCGCCAGACGGUACGUACAGCGAUUCGAGGCAUUCGACGCACUUCGAUCUGGUCCCUCGGAGCUGGGGACAACGCGGAAUCACGAAGAAGACAGAGAUCAUGAGGGUGGUGGAAGGGAAUGAAAGCCAGGACCCGAUUACAUCUACCUAA